CAUCCGCCAGUGGCCGCUGGGCGAGCGCGGCGUGUUCCCCCGUUUGCCAUAAUUGGGAAAGGGUUUCAGCCAACGUGACCCCCCCACGACUUUCGACUGUUUUUGAGGAUUCGAUCGACAUUCAUCUUCGCUCCUUCCUUCCUUCCUUCCUUCAUUCGCUCACUCACUCACUCACUCACAGUGUUCGACCGGUCGCGAUCGCAGGGCCGACGUCGGAAUCGGAGAGAAGGCGACGCGAUCCGAUUGAUCGGAGAGCGGCGGCGGCGGCGGCGGCGGCGGCGAGAGGGCUCAUGACGUGAAAUGGAGGGACCUCCGGAGAACGACUUGUGCUCCAUCUGCCAUGGCGUUUUCACCGUCCCUUGUCAGGCCAAUUGCUCCCACUGGUUCUGCGGAGAUUGCAUCAUGCUCGUGUGGGAUCACGGCUCGGCGCUCCAGCCCUGCAAGUGCCCCCUGUGUCGCCGCAACAUCACCCUGUUGAUUCCCACCGAGGCUUCGUUGCAGCUGCGUCAGGACUCCAGUGUUUCCGAGAUUCUGCGCAAGGUCGAGACGUAUAAUCGUACUUUUGGCGGAAGGAGCGAUGGUCUGAUCCAGAGGAUGCAAGACCUUCCUUUCUUCUUGAGAAGGCUGGCACGAGAACUGAUGGAUCCUGAUAGAUCUCUUCCUUUCAUUAUCAGGGCACGCGUCUAUAUUUCAAUGGUUAUAAGUGCAAUCUACGUACUCAGCCCCGUAGACUUCAUUCCAGAAGCGAUAAAUCCCAUUAUUGGCUACUUGGACGAUCUGAUUAUAGUCCUCAUUUGCUUCCUCCAUGUGUCCGCUCUAUACCGUUCUGUACUCUAUUCCCGUCAUGGAGGUUCUUAGAAACUCUAAUGCAUCAGUGGAAAUUUGAACCAGUAAAGAAGGUUAGAGUUUCUCAAAGGAAUUGAGAAAACCUCGCGGACUCAUCAAGUGGGCAAGGGGUGCAAAGCCACACGGUUCUCUUUGGCCAUUUUAAGUACAACUUUCGCCCUGGGCCUUGCACAAUACACUUUUAUUUAAGGAUGAUUGUGGUUAGAUUUCCCUUUCUAUCUUGUGUUACCAUUGCACACACGUCAUCAUUUGUCAUAUAUCCUUUCCAUUGGGAACUCUAGCUUUGUAGUUUCUAGUGAUUUUCAACUAAUGUUGAACUGUAUUUAGUUGAAGAGUACCCAUGAGCCAGAGGAAUAUUUUGUUGGUUUUGAUAUAGUAUACUCUGUUGCACCUUAGUGUAGAAAUAAUUAUAGAAUCUAAGAUAUGAAUCUGAAGUGCGCAUGUCCAUGGAACAUGUAUAUGAAGAUUAUGCACAAUGCUUCAGGAGUCCUACUUUUUAUACGGACAA